GUAUUCCCUAAUGCGGCGCAUUGUCUAUGCACCUACCACAUCUCAAACAAAUUGAAGAUGCAUAAUAAGACUGAGUCACAAACAGUAAAAGAGGAAUUAUAUGCAGCAACAAAGGCCUAUACCGUAGAGGAGUUCGAUAUGCAUAUCUCUCGAAUAAUGAAGUUGAAUUCGAGUGUCAUAACAUAUCUAGAAAAUAUUGGCGUUCACAAGUGGGCAAGA